AUGGCCUCACCCACUGCCAGAUCCCCGCUGACAUUGCCGGACCCCGAGGAGUCUGACCAGGAUGACCUCACUAGACCAGAAAGGUCGGGUCUUAAGAAUGACGGUCUCAAGGAAAGAAACAUGAGAAGUAGGUACCCCAGCACCUCAGGGGGCGGGGCUUCCUGGCUUCCUUUUCCUCCACAUGUUCUGCUCCCAAGGCCACCUCCAGCCCCAUUUCCUGAUCCUCUAGCCUCACCCACAGUGCAGCCCGGGCUGGGGAGGCAGGCAGGAAUGCAGCAGACAGGACUCGCUCUCAUGGUCUUGGUCACCUGUGUGGCCCUUCCCAACUCAGAAGCCAUACUUCCCAUUGCCUCCAGCUGUUGCACUGAGGUUUCACAUCAUAUCUCGCGAAGGCUUCUGGAGAGAGUGAAUCUGUGUCGCAUCCAGAGAGCUGAUGGGGACUGUGACUUGGCCGCUGUCAUCCUUCACGUCAGGCGCAGAAGAAUCUGUGUCAGCCCACGCAGUCCUGUUAUUAAGCAGUGGAUAAAAGAACAAGCAGCCAAGAAAAACGCCAAAGGCAACAUCUGCCACAAGAAGAAACAUGCUGGCCAGAGGAAAAGUAAAGGAGCACAUCAGGGGAAACCAGAAAUCCACGGCCAUAAAACUCCUUAUUAAGGCGUUUGCAAAUGAACCUACACAGACAGUUCCUCAACUGGACUUGGCCAUGGUUGCUUGUAAAUUUCUCUCGUGAAAGUUCCUUAUUGGGAGUCAACAGGGCAAAACAUACUAUACAUUUUACAGGAACAAUUAUGCAGGAUGCAAACGUAGCCAAUAAUAUGCUCAUCUGAAAAUGAAAUGAAAAGAUAGUACUUCUCUUUAUAUCCUAUUUUAAGAGCAGCAUACAGAUCUAAUUUCUCCAACUUUUUUAUAAUGAAGGUUUGCAAACCUACAGAGAAGUUGAAAGAUUUUCACAAUGAACACUUAUGUACCUUUCACAUAGAUUAAUGAUUGUUAAUAUUUUGCCACAUUUAUUUUCUCUCUUUUCUCUGAGUGCAUGUGUGUAUAAAACAUUUUAUAUAUAAAUACAUUUUUUUGCUAAACCAUUUGACAAUAAGUUGCAGAUGUUGUGAUACAUUUUUUAUGUUACAACUCGACAUUCCCCAAGAAUAAAGACCUUUUGUAUAUAA